AUGACACAGACGGUCGUCAUCCUGGGCGCCGGAUGGGCUGGCCUGCCCCUUGCCCACAAACUGCUCAAGUACACGCGCCCCAAGACCGAUCUUAAGGUCGUCCUCGUCACACCCAACAGCAACUUCUUCUGGAACGUUGCCGCCACUCGCGGUCUCAUCCCCGGCGAAAUUCCCGACGGCAAGCUCUUCCUGCCCAUUGCGCCGGGCUUCAACCGCUAUCCCGCGGGCGCUUUUGAGCUAGUCCUUGGGCGGGCCGAGGGGAUUGACGAGACCGCCAACACCGUCAGAGUCAUCACCAACGCUGGCGCAGCGCAGGACAUCACAUACAACCAGCUGGUCAUAGCUACGGGCUCGAGAAUCAGCAGCGGCCUCCCGCUGAAGCCUAUUGGCAGCGAUCAGCAAACCCUCGACGCCUGGCACGCCCUACAGCAGCGCGUGGGCGAGGCACGGUCCAUCGUUGUCGCUGGCGCGGGGCCAACAGGGGUCGAGGUCGCCGGCGAGCUGGCCGCUAAAUACGGACGGACCAAAUCCAUCACACUCAUCGCCAGCGGCAGCAAGCCCCUCGUUAGCAAUGCACAAGAUGAAGCGAGCGGCAGCGGCGGCGGCAAGCUCAACCCCUCCGUCCUCGCCGCCGUCGACAGCGAUUUGCAGCAACUCGGCGUGAGGCUCAUCCGCAACGCGCGCGUCAUCAAGGAGGAGCGGCAUCAGGACGCGGAACAAGCCCCAGCGACGACCGCCGGUCCGCACCCGCCGCGCCAGACGCACAAGCUGAUCCUGUCGGACGGGUCCGUGCUCGAGGCGGACUGCUACCUGCCGCUGUUCGGCGUGGAGGUCAACACGUCGUUCGUGCCCGCGCACCUGCUCGACGAGCGCGGCAACGUGCGGCAGGACGCGAGCCUCCGCGCCGCGGGCAGCCGGAACGGCAACAUCUGGGCGCUGGGCGACGUCGGCGACACCGAGCCCAAACAGCUCACGGUGACCGACGCGCAGGUCAUCCACGUCGCGGCCGCGCUGGACGUGGUGCUCGCGGGCAAAGAGGGUGCGCCGGUGCCGGUGUACACGCCUGAAAAGAAGACCAUGCUGUUCCUGGCGCUAGGGAGGAAGUUCGCGACAGGCCAGAUCGGCGGAUGGAAGCUCUGGCGCUUUCUGGUCGCCUGGGUCAAGGGGCGGAAGCUGUUCGUCGACACGGCCGAGGCAUACGUGGGCGGGACCCGGCUGAGGCAUGCGGCCAUGUAA